AUGGGGAAGUUACUAUACAUUGCUACAGUGGCAAGGCCUGACAUAGCCACAGCAGUGGGAUUCUUAUGCAGAAAAGUAUCCCAGCCAACCCAGAUGGACUGGAAUGCAGCAAAAAGGAUCAUACACUAUUUAAAGGGAACAAUAGACUUUAAACUGAAACUUUCAUCAACAGGGAAAAGUGGUCUGACUGGAUAUGUGGAUGCAGACUGGGCAGGUGACCCCAGUGAUCGGAAAUCCACCAGUGGACACCUGUUUCUAUUCAAAGACGGGCUGAUCAGCUGGACCACUAGAAAACAGUCCACAGUGACACUGUCCUCCACCGAAGCAGAAUAUGUGGCCGCAUCACAAGCAGGGCAAGAGGUAAUCUGGUUGAGACAAUUGCUGGAAGAUCUAGAUCAGAACCAGACAGAGUCCACGCCAAUCUAUGAGGACAAUCAAUGA